AUGACCAAGAUUAUUUGGGAUGACUCGGCUGACAUGAAGCUGCUCUACUCUAUUAUUGCGACAUCUGUCUCUAAAGUUGACUAUGCUGCCGUCGCGAAGAUGUUGGGUGAUCAAUGCACGAUCAAUGCCAUCAAACAUCGCUUGGCCCGCAUCAAAUCCAAGAUGAAUCAAGCUAACGGCAACGCAUCGCCUCCAUCUACGACGCCCGUCAAACCUAAGCGUGGCAAGCCAUCGAAGAAACGCCCUGCUGAAGACGAUGAGGAUCAGGAGAAUGCUACGAAGAAGAGAAUAGGGGGUGGAUCUGAUUGCUGA